CAGACGGACCGGCUUGUGCACCACAGUAACUGUCCCCCGAAAACAACACACGUGCAAGGCGCUAACUUCCAACAGCAGACAUGCCGAAAGCAUUGAAAAGGAAGAACACAGUGGAGAAGAAAGUGAUUCAUCCUUAUAGCAGAAAAGCUGCGUGUCUGGCCAGAGCUGCUCUCAAACAAGAGAGGAAAGAAAAGUUGAAAGGUGAAAAGGCCCAGCGUUUAAAUUUAAUUGGGGAAAAACUUCUGUGGUUCCAAAGUCAGUUGGACUCCAAAAAGUUAGAAUAUUCCAAACAAGACGCUUGUGAAAUCAUUGAGAGGUAUCUGCACCGAUUCGAUGGCGAAUUGGAGCAAAUCGAGCUGGUUAACAGCAUCAAAGGGCGUCAGGGUCGACUGCACUUCUCCAGAGAGAACGUCAUUAAGCAGACGAUGGAAAGAGAGCGAGCCCAGUACGAGGGGAACGGAUUUGAAAUCCCAGAUAUAAUCAACAGCGAACAUUUGAAGACGUUCAGAGUGUGGAACGGUGACCUGAAGAAGCUGCCCAAUAUCAAGAUGCGUAAGGUUUCAGCGAAAGGCCUAGAGAAAAAACAGAGCACAGUGCAAGAAACACACACUGAAGAAGAAGAGGAGCAUGAGGAAGAUGAACAUAAAGAGGACGAGAUGUCUGAGGACUCUGAUGCAGAGCUUUUGGAGGAUGAAGCAUGAUGCAAAACAGCUCUGGACUCAGCUCAUGUGAACGUGUGUGUGUGUGAUUGAUGGAUUGUGUGUGUGUGUUUUCUGGUGCCGUGGUGCGGCCACGUCCAUUUUAAAUUAAAAUAAAAAACUCUAUUUAAAUUGCA